ACCUUCAGCAAAUGUUUUUGCUAAUAUGAGAAUAACUUAUUUGGUCUUUUGCAGGUUCUGAAUGUGAAUGCAUAGGUCACUUUAAGUUGAUAUUUUCCCUUCUGCGUGUCCAUGGAGCUGGCCUGGUGCAGCAGUUGGCUCUGGAGGUAGUGAACAUAGUAACCAGUAACCAAGAAUGUGUUAACAACAUUGCUGAGGCAAUGGUUCUUUCCAACUUGCUGGCCCUCCUGCAUUCCCUGCCUUCAAGUCGGCAACUUGUUCUUGAAACUUUAUAUGCUUUAACAUCUAGCACAAAAAUAAUUAAAGAAGCCAUGGCAAAAGGUGCUUUAAUCUACUUAUUAGAUAUGUUUUGUAACUCAACUCAUCCCCAAGUCAGAGCCCAGACAGCAGAGCUUUUUGCCAAAAUGACUGCAGAUAAGCUGGUGGGUCCAAAGGUUAGAAUUACGCUAAUGAAAUUUCUGCCUGGAGUCUUCAUGGAUGCCAUGAGAGAUAACCCUGAAGCUGCUGUUCACAUCUUUGAGGGAACUCAUGAAAAUCCUGAGUUAAUUUGGAAUGAUAACUCCAGGGAGAGAGUAUCAACAACAGUUCGAGAAAUGAUGCUAGAGCACUUUAAACUUCAGAGGGACAACCCUGAUACUAGUUGGAAG